AUGACUGAAAAUUCCUCGGGUCUGCAGGUAGGCCAGCGGUUCUCAUCCCUAGAGGAUUUCAAAACUGCAAUACGGAGUAUAUCUGUCAGGCAACAUUGGGAGCUUCGUGUGAUUCGGAGCAACAAGAAAAGUGUGGUAAUCGGCUGCAGAUCUACUGGCAAUUGCUUCUUUCGUGUUGUCUGCCGCUCCAACAAGAAUGCGACCUAUAUCACUAGCCUUCAAGACAACCAUCUUUGUCAGAGAAGUGUAAACUCUCCAACCCGAACACCGGUUCGCUCCGAAGCGUCGCAUGUGCGUUUUCUACUGAGUGAGAUUCCCAAGCUUUUUGAUAUGAAGGCCAGGAUCAAGGCUCAGGAUGUCGUGCAUGCCGUCAAGCGUUAUCAUGGAUACGAUAUCUCCAUGAGACAGGCCCAGCGUGCCUUAAUAAAAUUGCAGUCACAAGAUAGUUUGAAUGAUGAUGAACAAGCCAUGUUAGAUAUGAAUACAAAUGACCAGGACUCGCCGACUCAAUCCCAAUCUGAAUCACAAGGAGACGCUGGUCCUGCAUAUCAGGAUCUUUCCGAGAAUCGCUGGAUGACAGAUCCUUUACAGUCUAGCUUGAUGGUCGAUGAUGACACUGUGAACUCCAGCGAGUCUCCAAGCGUUCAUACUCACGCUCAAGCUCAUGUUCACGCUCAAGCCCAUGCUCACGCUCAUGCUCAUGCUCAUGUAUCAACAGCUUCAGCCGCUCAAGCUGGCCAACCCAUGCAGGACUCUCAAAUACAGCAGCCUCCAAUUCGAACAGCUGUCCAAUCCAAUAUCAAUACGGACCCACGCCCCAUUGGAAUGUCACAACAGAGUGGUGGAUAUGACACUGGUGCUUCUUUCCCACUAGACCCAGAGCACCCCAAACCUCCCAAUUACCAACCCCGCAAUGACCAUUCUGGUGCCUCCCAGAUAGUUCUCACCAACUUCAAGAUCGAAUUCACAUGUACUACAUGUGGAGCUAUGAACCAAAGCUUUUUUCCAAACCAAGGAAAUGUUACAGGUGGUGGAUACAUGUCUCAUCACUCAGCUCCGAACCCAGGCAGUAUCGUACGACAUGCAGAUCUUUCUUCCCAUGGCGUGCCAAUUACUAGCAAUGGUGUUACUGAAGAUGGUGGUUAUUCUGUGAACGCUCUCAAUGCUCGUGUCAUGCAGAGUGCAUGGGCUGGUGGCCUUGGCGUCCCCAUUGGCCCAAAUAACCCUUAG